AUGGGUCGUCUUAGUGAUAAAAUUGGAAGAAAACCACUUUUAAUCCUUUCCCUUAUCGGAUCUUCAGCUGGUAGUCGAAAUUGGAAACUAUGUUUUUUAGGAGCCAUUGCGCAAGGUCUCGCGAAAAAUAUUUGGGCAUUGAUUAUUUUCCGUGCUAUCACGGGGUUGUUUGCGGGAUCAUGGAUUGUGGCUCAAGCGUACCUGCUUCUCAUGGUUUCAAUCGUAGCUACAUCGCAGAUUGUACCACCGUCGACGAACGGUCAAACUGCAGCUUAUAUUUUUGGACCUGCAGUUGGUGGUUUUUUGGGUGAACUGGGUCUUGGCAUUCCGUUUAUCGUUGCUGGAGUCGUGGCAGCGAUCAACCUCAUUUUAGUAUGCCUGUUUCUUCACGAGUCUUUGGAUUUCACUCUCUCCAUCAGUAAAACAAAACAAAAAUUCAGUUAUGCGUAUCUCAAACGGCUCUUUCCGCCGAUGGUGGUACGCUCCUUGUUUGUUUGA